GCUUCUGCUCAUGUUCCCUUAUGGUUUCCCCAUGUUCCAGUUACCAGUGUGUUUGUUCCUGUGCCUCAGACUUCCUGUGUUCCUGCCUGCCAUCUUGUCCAUCUGACUUAUGUUUUUUCAGGCUGCUGUGAGAUCUGAAUACACCUGAUCAAGAAAUGACCUACUGUUGCCCUCAAUAUAGUGGUCACUGAAGAAACGACAUCUCAUUUAUCAGAGGAAGAGGAUGUGGUAUUUAUCUUUGAGUAUAUACUACUUCAGAGACUUUGACAGAGCAAGAUAUUGACAAAGCAGAAGAGAGUGAGAGAGAGAAAGAUGAUGGCUGAAUUCAGAUGGAUUAAACCUUCUUUAUUUCUGGUCCUGGUGCUUCGGUUUGCAGUAGCAGCAGCUGGACAAAAUACUCUACGCUUCAAUGUCAGAGUUGGAGGUGAGGUCGCGUUGCCUUGUCAAAGUGUGAGAGAUGAUCAGGUUAAAUGUAACGGUACUGCCUGGCUCUUCGAUGAAUCACGAAAGUCCAUAACACUGUUUGAAUAUGGAAAGAUUCACGACGAAGCCAAAUCUAAAUCAGACAGACUGAGUGUUACAGAGAAUUGUUCUCUGGUGAUAAAGAAGGUCACGGUUCAGGAUGUUGGUCGCUACACCUGCAGACAGUUCGACCAAUCAGGACAACGACAAGGUCAAGAUGCUACUUUCCCUCUGUCUGUUGUUACCAGCGAAGCUGCAAUAACAGGAAAACCAACAACGACAAUUAAGAUAACAAGAACCAAAGUAAUGACAUCGGAGGCGACAAACGACGCAGGAUCAAUAAACAACAACAGUCCACAAGGUUGUUGGUGGUGGUACAUCAUUGUCUCCGUGGUUUUAGCAGCACUCAUAAUAUCCAUUGUGCUCAUCAUUUGGAAGAAAACUAUAGGGAACAAAACACAGACGGAGGAAGACAUGGCUGAUCCUGACGGUGGCGUUUCCUAUGCCACCAUCAGCUACGCCAGGAAGACCGACAGGGAAGCCCGGGUUCAAGGUGAUGCAGUGAUCUACAGCACUGUGGAAGCUCCCUCCUCUUCAGCUGGAGCCUCCACUGCUCCCAGCAGCAUCUACGCCACCGUCAACAAACCAAACAAAUAACAUGUUACUUUUUAAAUGCAACAUGUUGCUUUAAUAACAAUUGCAUGAAUAUUUAGAUCAUAGAUUUAAAAUUUAAAGCGUCAUAAUAAGGAUGAUCUUAAUAGUUGCUCAUGUUGUUUCUUUUCUUGUCUUAGUUUUGGUAAAAUGACUAUGAAUACAGUUACAAAAUAUUAAAGCAAUGCAUUAUAAUUAGCGGACCAUGGCUGUCUGUUGGUGUGGACGCAUGGUCUGAAGGUGUGAAUCUUACUUGAUGUUCCUUUGAUUCAGCCUCGUGAAAAAAUUUCUUGUUGUCUGCAGCUUUUAAGUAUCAGCUUUAUGACACGUGUAGCCAUUG